UCCAUGAAAAUCUCCAGAAAUUUCUCCAUCCCCAGAAAGCUCCUAAACCUUUUACUUUUUUGUCUCUCUUUUUCUGUAGGGUAACAAGUUCCAUAAUCCCCCAUUGCCUCUUCUUUUAUCAUCGCCCUUUCACAGUUGGGUCUCCCCUUCCCCAACCUCCUCCUCCCCUUCCUCUCCUCCGGCCGGGUCCUUCAAUAGCCCUUGGAGGACCCAGGAUCCUCCCUCCUCAACCACUUCUUCCAUGACUUUGCUGCUUCCCUGAACUUCUUCUUCUUCUUCUUCUUCUUCUUCUUCUUCUUCUUCACAUCAGAUCCCCCAUCCAUCCAUCCAUCCAUUACUUACACACAACUAUUGAUCCAUCCACAAUCUCACCAUGAGUUGCUUUCCCUGCUUUUCGUCUAAGAGCAAGAAAGGGGUCGAUAAGAACAACGACAAUUCCGCCUCCUUCUCCUCCGGCCACCGUACUCCGCCGCACCCUAAGUCCCCUGCACCAGAAGCAAUCAAAACAAAGCCCACAGAGGAAGGGAAGGAUCAAGCACAAGAAGGUGAAAAAAUAGAUGCCCAGAACUUCACUUUCCGGGAGCUAGCCACGGCUACAAAGAAUUUCCGCCAGGAAUGUCUUUUGGGUGAAGGUGGGUUUGGGAAGGUCUUCAAGGCUACCCUUCAACCAAGUGGCCAGGUGAUGGCUGUGAAGCAGCUUGAUAGAAAUGGUAUGCAAGGGAACAAGGACUUCCUUGGUGAGGUUAAGGCAUUGAGCCUUCUAAAGCAUCCAAAUCUUGUGAAGUUCAAUGGAUAUUGUGCAGAUGGAGAUCAAAGGAUUUUGGUGUAUGAAUAUAUGCCUGGAGGUUCUUUGGAAGAUUGUCUCUUUGACAUAAAAGAAGAUAGAAAGCCAAUGGAUUGGUUUGCUCGUAUAAAAAUAGCAUUAGGAGUUGCAAAAGGAUUGGAAUACCUGCAUGACCAGACGGAUCCUCCCAUAAUAUUUCGUGAUUUGAAGUCAUCAAACAUCUUGCUCGAUGAAGAUUUCAGCCCAAAGCUUUCUGAUUUUGGACUCGCAAAUCUCAGCGGCGGCGGCGACAAGUCUCCGUUGCCGUCAAGGGUCAUGGGCACCUAUGGCUACUCUGCUCCUGAGUAUACAAGAGGUGGUCAACUCACCGCCAAGUCUGAUAUAUACAGCUUUGGAGUUGUGAUGCUUGAACUCAUCACUGGAAGAAAAGCUGUCGACACUACAAAACCAAAUAACGAGCAGAAUCUUGUUGCUUGGGCACAACCAUUUUUCCGAGAUCCAAAGAGAUUUCCAGACCUGGCCGAUCCUCUCCUAGGACGGUUGUUCCCGGAGAAAGAUCUGAAUCAGGCCGUCGCCGUCGCUGCCAUGUGUCUGCAAGAGGAAGCAGAAGUCCGUCCUCUGAUCGCAGACGUCAUGAUUGCCCUCAGCUUCCUAUCCACAACUCCGGAUGAGAACCUCCGUCCGCUCCCUUACCCGCCGGAGCCUGAGGACGAGGAGGACGACGAGGAGGACUACUCCUCUUCAGACUGUUCAGAUUCCGAUACCGAAUCUCGAAAAAUCGGAAAAGACAGCGCAUCUGGAAACUUCACAAGUGCAAGAAACCACGAAACUGACAUCUCAGAUGACGAAGAAGAAGACAUCAGUCCAAGAAAUCAGAAACCUAAAAAGAAAAAGAAAAACAAGGAAUCUGAGCAGAAACGAGUCGGAUUCAAAGACGACGUACAACCACCGCCAAAUCACUCCCGAAAGAACAGCUCCUCAUCGAGCGAUGGAGGCUCUUCAGCUAGAAGCAGCAACGCAUCGGAAAAUGAAAAUAACAGAGAUUCAUCGAAUAAUGUAAAUAGAAGUGAUUCUACAUUAGAUCAUAACAAGAGUAGAGGAUCGCAUUCUGGCGAUGAAGCUCGACACUACGGCAGCGAUUCCGACGGCGGCUCUGCUCAUGGCGGCGAAGAUUGAGACGUUUGUGGGGGGUGGGGGGGAGAAUUGAAGGACACCAAGAGUGAAAAAUGUUUCCAUUUUUUCUCUCUCAGUAAGGGGAAAAAAACACACGCUAUUUUAAGUCGAAAUUAACUCUUCGCUUAAAUUA